AAAAGACUAUAAUUAAUUUUUUUUUUCUAUUGUACACACGUACGCAUAAAAUUUUUAAGGAUCACUGAUGAAAUAAAUAGUAUAAAUGUGUCAUCUUCUUUUUAUAAAUUAGGAUAAAACGUGUUAAAGUGCCCACCCUGAAACAUUUUUUUGGCUCCGCCUUCGGAUAUUAUAUACUCCCAAUACCCAACCGACAGUCUCAUGACGCAUAUAUAAUUUAUUAUGCUUACCCUAUUGUUACAUUUAUAAUGCCUUGUAACACCAAACCGUAUACACUCGUAGACCUGAUGAGAGGGAGAGGGAGAGGGAGGGAGGGAGGGAGAGAGAGAGAAUUUGAGGUGAGGACAAUUGAUCACAGAGAGAGAGAGAGAGAAAAUCUUCAACAAAGACUGUUAGUGGCAAACGACUAGGCUAGGCUACUGCUCCUUUCGCAAGACAAAAAAAGAAGAAGAAAAGGAUCCCCGGUUCAAUUCUACAGAUUUUGCUUACAUAUCAGUUCAAUUCUUUCUCAUGUUUUCUAUGAUGCCAAAAAUAUGUGAUUUAUAAACCAAAUUCAUGUAUUUGAAUAUUGUUCUUUUUCUUCCCUUAUUUUUGGGUUCCUUUUUGCUGCUUGACUAAUAUUUUAUAGAUCAACUAGCAGCACACAGUGUUGACUCGAUCUGACUUGGCCGAGACAUCCCGAUUUGACUCCAAGUUGGGUUAAUACUAUUGCAUCACAUCAGAGUCAACACCGAUUUAGUCAAGUCUCGUUAUAUUUGUGUAACGUUUAUCGUUAUUAUUCCGAUAUGAGUUGAGGCGAAUACGACUAAGCCGCGUCAACCUAAACUCGACCGAUACUUUAAAACCCUAACCAAGGUCAAAUGUAGUGACAAUAACUUCAACUUCUCCAGCUUCCCAUUCAUCUCCCAUGUAGCACUACUCAGCAAUCAAAGUGUCCUUAUUUGUGUGAAACACAAUUGAUGCAAUUGUGCAUGUCAAAGGACUAGAUACCAAUAUUUUAAAACCCGGCCCGACGAGUUGAUCUGAUGAACCGAAGUCUGAACAAGGCCGGUUUAGCUAUUGGAUCGUUCAAGCAAAAGAACCGAAUAAAACCCGUUGAACCGGCCGGUUAUGUAACAAAAUCGUUGAACCGAAUGAUUUGUUCUAAACUGGAAAGUUUAAGUCAAAUGCUUUAAAAACAAGUGCUAGGGCAUUUUUGCCCAAUUUCUUUUAUCUUUGCCUCUACAACUCUACUUCUCCAUGACUCCUGUUCUUCAUGACUCCUGUAGGCAACUAGUCCUCACUGAUUACCCCACCCCUCUCUCUCUCCCUUUCUCUCUCAACACAAUAACACAUGCACUCAAUCGAAGACUCAAAGACUUGAGAGCUCAGAUUCUUCGACCCAACUUCUUCGAGAUUUUUCGACUCAGCUUCUUCGAGGUUUUUCAGCUUGGAUUCUUCGACUCACAAGCUCACAGCACUACAACAGAUAUUUGGCUCAUCAAGUAUUGCGUUUCUCUUUCUCUCUCUCUCUUUUUGUCUGCUAGUCUUGCUUCUGCUGUUAUUUUUCAGAAUUAGUUGAUUUGUUAUUUGUAUAAAUUUUGGCCUAUUUUAAUUCAUUGUGGAGUUUAGUUAAUUGUGAGGAGAUGGUUUUGAUGCUUAACUUUACAAGUUGUAUAUGAAAUUGAAUACAUUGGAUAUAUACGUUUGAUGAUUUUGGGGGUUUUGUUUGAUUUAAUAUACAUUAAGCAUUCUAUUUUCAUAAUUGUUGUGAUUUUUAGCUUAUUUAUAAUUAUUUUUAUUUUUUUAUUAUAUGACCAUUUCGACUAGUGACCCAUUGACUCGGUCUCUUCC